AUGACCACACCAUCAAGUGCUGUCAGCCCUGGCGAUAGCCUGCAGAAUACAUCAGAUGUUCAAUCCACCCUUGCAGCUACGAACGAUGACUCUAUCUUCGGUAGUGGGUAUUACAAUGGAGAGUCACUUGAGUCCCACGAUGAGGCAGUUGACCUCCAGAACAAGAGAAAAAUUACCGAUCCUGACCUCGAAAUCGUUACGAUCGACAGGAAGUACGAUCUGACCCUGAUCGUAGGGUCUCCUGAGCACGUUGGCGGUCAAAAGGCCUAUCAAGUCAACAAAGGCCUACCUGCAACGCUGUCGCAGCAGGAGCUGGUACAGAUUGCAAUCUUGUCCGACAAGUACGACCUCGAGCGUCUCCUACAUGCUGCAGCCGAGUUGAAGAACUGGAUCCAACAACACAAAGACGGCGGCGUGUCUUGGCCUUCCGACAUCGAUCUUCAAGACUUCACGAUGAUUACGGCCGCGUUCGGGCUCACGGCUGACUACGAAUACCUGGUCAAUAAGCUGGCCAUGGAGAUCUCCAUCGAUAAAGACAAGCGUUACUGCGUGGUACACGAUGAUAAGUUGGUGCAUGUCCGAGCUGACUUCCCCGCCCGUAUCCAAUCUCAAGCUAGUCAAGUCCGUACUGUGGUGCUCCAAGAGCUUCUCCAGACGUGCAAAACCGCCUUGCAUAACACUUUCACCAAGGAUGUCGGCAAAUGUGGAUCAAAACUUUGCCCAUUGACCCAAUUUGGCUUGGCAACUAAAGCAUUGGAUGCUGCAAAACUUUAUCCACUUCCUGAAAACGAUUCGUCGAUGGAUCUCAGUGUCUUGGCAUAUUGGGCCUUGUUGAAUAAUACCGGAACCGACUAUGAUGGUCUCCUACCAGCCCGCUGUCGGGCCGCAAAACUCAACUGCGUAGGAGACUACGGUAUUCUGAAGGAAGCUCGCGAGAUCAUCAGGCGCUACGCCCAUCAGGAUCUAUGGGCCGCAUGGAAGGCUGUACGUAUGCGUCCUUUAACUAAGACGUCCGACUAA